GAACCCCACCCGCGCUUUCUGGGAAGCGCCACUGCGCUCUCACCACUGAACCAAGAGCCCAUCCACCCUCAGCAUAACAGGAUACGCUAUUGUUGUUUGUAAAUGAAAGAUGUGAAAGCUAGUCAACUUCUCACAGAUAUUGCUACUGAUAGAGGAACAAAAGGUCAGAAUACAAUACUCUAGCUGCAGUCCCUGUAUUGGAUUAUUCUUGGAUUUUAGUGCUUCCCAUUGUUUCAUACUGUGUACUUGUGUUUUUAUGUUUGAAUGGUAAGAAGAUUUCAAGGAUGCGUAGAACAGCAAAUUGUAUGGACAACAAUGAUGCUGGUCUGUACAGUUAUUUAUAUAUGAAAGAUGUGAAAAUAACUAACUUCGGGUAAGUAUGGCUGCUGAUCAUAGCAUAAGACUCCUGCUGUAGUUUUCUUAUUUUAUUUUCUCGGAAAUUUUGGUGUGUCCCUUGUUAAGUGUUGUAUAGUUAUGAGGAUUCAAACAUGUACAAACCAGACAAUCGUAUGUACACCAAUGAUGCUGGCGUGUCAUCAGAAGCAGACUGUAUACCGGGACCUAAACUUAAGUAGAUUCAGUAGAAGAUGAUAACUUUUAAGAAAGUCAAUUUCUUCACGCCAAGAAAAUUUCUGGGCGAUUCAGCACCACACCACAAGUGAGGCUUCACUUCCACCCAAUUAAUCAAAUGUUGAACUAUUCAAUGAUAGCUAAGUUUGGUCCUGCUACUUGCGUACUGUUCCUUGGAAAUUAGCAUAUGCAUCAUUUUCCAUAUCCAAUAAGUGAGUUGAAGUUCUAAGGUUCUCAAUGUUUGAAAAUAGUGUACUUAUUUUUGUGACCAGGAAAUGGUGUACAUGUUGAUAAGACUUCACUGCACAAUGAACGAAGAGGAGAAGCAGAGCAAGCACCAGAAUGUGGCACAGGGUGAACAGGAAGAAGUGAAGUGGCGCGUAGAGGAAGGAAAACUCAAAAUUGCGGUCAGUAUGACCAAGAACUGCAGCACCGGUGGAUGACCUACGACUACGAGCGAAGAAUACGUUGUUAAAAAACUCUGAAGACACACUGGUCACCUACUGAGCAGUCUAGCUGCAUCAAACUCGAAGCAAAUGGCUGAGGCAGUGAUUCUUUCGACUGUGUUAAAGAUUGGCGUUGCUCUAGGAAAUAAGGCAGUACAGCAGGCUAACUCUCAAUUCCAAAAGUUCAUUACACAGCUAACAGAGCUUCAAGGCAGGAUGGGUCGCAUCAGAAGUGAACUCAGGCUAAUGCAUGGAUUUCUUUGCCGAGUGGACAUACGGAAUCUGAAGAAUCAGAACUAUGGAAUCUGGGUUCAAGAGUUAAGAAUGCUUGCCCACAAGAUUGAGGACAUUGUGGAUGAGUAUUUGUAUCUUAUUGGUCAUAAACAUGAUACUGGGUGGGGUACCUAUCUGAAAAAAGGAUUCAAGCAACCAAAUGUGAUGCUUUCCUUAAACAGGAUUGCUAAGGAAGCAGAGGUCAAUCUUGCGUAUCUCUUCCAGGCUAAAGAUCGGUGGGUUACAGUGGUAGAUGGUGGGAACUCCAGCGACUCGAGUUACAUUGUUGAGAGGUCCCAACAUCUCGCAAGCAUUUCACGUUCCCUUGUUGAAGAAGAUCUUGUCGGGGUGGAUAAAAGUAGAGAAAAACUUGAGAAGAUGUUGGCAGGUGAUGAUUUGGAACGCUGUGUGAUAGCGCUUCAUGGAAUGGGAGGGCUUGGUAAAACAGCUUUGGCUGCAAAUGUCUACAAGAAGGAGAGAGGAAAGUUUGAAUGUCAUGCCUGGGUCUCCAUCUCUCAAACUUACUCCAUAAAAGAUGUUCUGAAGUAUCUAAUAACUGAAUUGUACAAAGGGAGAAAUAGCACACCAGCUAACAUGGACCACAUGGACACUAAAGACCUUCAAGAUGAACUGAAGGCAUUCCUAGAUGAUAAGAAGUAUUUGAUUGUACUGGAUGAUGUUUGGGAUCCGGAAGCCGUCAACGACCUAUUUCGAGCACUUGUUCAAAAUCAGAAGAGCAGUAGAGUACUUGUGACAACACGCAUAGAUGGUGUAGCUCACCAUGCUUUGCAAGACCGGAGAAUAACACUUGAAGCUCUGUCAAGAGAUCACUCAUGGGAACUCUUUUGUAAGAUGGGGUUUUCGAGAGAUACAAAUCACAAAUGCCCUAUAGAACUGGAAGAAUUAGCACAAGAAAUCGUUAGCAAGUGCAAAGGGAUACCUCUUGCAAUUGUAGCUGUUGGCAGGCUCCUCUUCGUGCGCGACAAGACGAGAGAGGAAUUCAAGCGAAUACAUGACCAACUUGAGUGGGAGCUAGUUAACAACCCAAGCAUGGAACAUGUCAGGAACAUUCUUUACUUGAGCUACAUAUACCUUCCAACACACUUGAAAAGUUGUUUCUUGUAUUGCAGCUUAUUCCCAGAAGACUAUCUUUUCCGCAGAAAAAAGCUUGCACGGUUGUGGACAGCAGAGGGUUUUAUCGAGGAGAGAGGUGCGAGCACAUUAGAAGAAGUGGCAGAAGGAUAUAUGAAGGAGUUGCUUCACAGAAACAUGCUACAACUUGUUGAAAGGAACUUAUUUGGUAGGAUAAAGAAAUUCAGAAUGCACGAUAUCCUACGUGAAUUGGCAGUUGAUUUGUGUCAGAAUGAUUGUUUUGGUGUUGCAUAUGAGGAAGAGAAAUGUGGGGGAUAUCUUGAGAAAGAUGGACGCCGAUUAGUAAUACAUAAUCUAAAGAAGGACAUUGACCAAUCAAUUUCAAGUCUACAUCAGCUUCGAUCCAUCACUGCAUUGGACGAUAGUAUGCCAUCAUUCACUCUACUACCUCUGCUAUCUGAGAAGACAAGAUAUAUGACAGUGCUAGAAUUAGCUGGUCUGCCUAUCGAGAAGAUUCCGUAUGCUAUUGGGGAUCUUUUCAACCUACGCCAUUUGAGUCUUCGUAAUUCAAAAGUGAAGAUGGUCCCGGAGUCUAUUGAGAAGCUUUCAAAUUUGUUGACACUAGACCUGUAUAAUUCUGAUGUACAUAAGUUGCCUAGAGGAAUUGUGAAACUGAAGAAGAUUAGGCACUUAUUCGCUCAGAAAAUCAUUGAUCCAUCUGCUAGAGUUCUCUUGUGGUCAAGUGGUGUAAGCGUCUCCAAGGGCCUUGGUAACCUAACAAACCUGCAGACACUACAAGCAUUGGUAGCAGAGAAUGAGUCUGUUAGACAGCUAGGGGAGCUGAGGCAAUUAAGAAGCCUAAGGUUAUGUAAUGUGAAAAGAUUAUACUGUGAAUGCCUCUGCAACUCUCUAGUUCAGAUGCAAUUUCUGUCCUUCCUAGAUGUGAUUGCAAGUGAUGGUAAUGAGGUUCUUUGGUUGAAUGCCCUCCCGUCGAAAGUGCAAAAGCUAUAUUUGAGAGGACAAUUAGACAAAGAGACUUUCAAAGCUUUAGGUCAAAACUUGUACGAAUUGGGUCUAAAUUUAUCACAGCUGAUAGAAGACCCCCUUCCAUCCCUUUCUCGGUUGACAAAUUUGGCGGAGCUAUAUUUGAACAAAGCAUACUGUGGAAAGAAGCUGGCAUUUCUCAAGGAGUGGUUCCCUAACCUGAAGACCCUUCAGUUAAAAGACCUUCCUCAUCUGGACCAGCUAGAGAUACAGGAAGGUUCCAUGGCGACACUGGAAAGAUUAUUCAUAGUCAACCUCAACAGCAUGACAGAGGUCCCACCUGGCAUUGAGUUCCUUGUGACUCUCCAGUAUCUAUGCUUCUACGAAAUCACCCCGGGCUUUUUGACAUUGCUGCGCCAAUGUCCUAGAAUUGGCGGUAUGCGCCGGUUCUGGCAUACUUUUCGAGAUUGACUUCUGUUUCCUGAUCAAUAAAUGUGCAUGUCGGUGCAAGGACAGAAGAAAAAUCUCUUCAUCUGAGGUUUCCAGACUCCAGCUGAUGCAUACCAUUUUCCACUGUGCUUCGCUUUUUGAGCUGCUACUUUUUGUUUUACGAAACAAAAACGAACUACUAUUGGUGUUCUUAUGAAAUGUGUUUAUUUGUUUUUAAAUAGCAUUUCCCUUAUUGUAUGUCCGAGUCUUGUGGAGGAAGACGUAGCAUCCAUCUAGAUAUGCAUUGGUUGUUGUAGUUACUAGUGUCAGGAUUUGGAAGUGGAAAGGUUCGUCCCGGAGAAGGUUUUCCUCCUACUUCAAAACAAGAGUUUCUUUCUUAGACUAGAAGUUGUAAUUUGACUCUAUAAGUCCAACCCUCGUUGAUCAAUUUGUAUACUAUAUGGCAUUUCUGUACCAAUAUACUUGUGACUGUUAUAUA